GUGGCAAAGAAUUCAGAUAGACCUCCUCCAUUCCCAAAUCCUCCUUCUCUCUCUCUACUCAAAUCACUCAACUCACUCAACUCACCAUUAAGCCAAAACAACAACACAAACACAAACACACACAGAGAUAGAGGGAGAGAUCCUCCAAAAAUCACCAUUGCAAUGGCCUCAAUGAUCAUGGCUUCUUCAAAACCCAUAAUCCGAGUUCCAACCAAUUCCCUUCCCUCCACCCCCAAACUCCCCUCCCUCCAAACCAUCACCCCAAACCUCAAACUCCAACUCUCAAAACUCAAAUCCAUGACCCUAGCAGCAACUUCCCUCUCUUUCGUCUUCGCACCACCUUCCCUCGCUUUCGAAAAAGCCGCACUCUUCGAUUUCAACCUCACUCUCCCAAUCAUAGUCGUUGAAUUUCUCUUCCUCAUGUUCGCUCUCGAUAAACUCUACUUCACCCCUCUCGGAACCUUCAUGGACAACCGUGACGCCGAGAUCAGAGGCAAACUCAACAGCGUCACCAACACAUCCGAAGAAGUGAAGGAGUUGGAAGAACAAGCCAAUGCAGUUUUGAGAGCUGCGCGUGCUGAAAUUGCGGUGGCGCUGAAUCAGAUGAAGAAAGAGACUCAAGCUGAAGUGGAAGAGAAGAUUGCGGAAGGGAGGAAGAAGGUUGAUGCUGAACUGCAAGAAGCGCUUGCGAAUUUGGAAAAGCAAAAGGAAGAAACUGUUAAAGCUCUUGAUUCUCAGAUUGCUGCUCUUAGCCAGGAUAUUGUUAAUAAGGUUCUUCCUGUUUCUCGUUGAUAUUUCAAAUUUGAUGAUAUUUCAAAUGUUGUAAACAAAUACAAUUUUAUGUUUUAUGUGUAAUCUCAAAUUCAUCUAUGUGUAAUCUUAACUAAAGUGGUAUAUUUAUUUCAAUGCAAGUGUAAUUUUGCUUAA